AUGGCAGCGACACUGGACGGCCAGCACACGCCCGCCAAACCCGUUGCGAUCCGCUCUGCUGGCAUGAAGCUGGACCCGCCCCAUAUACACAACAUCAAGACGCUCAGCGCCAGCGUCGACAUCAUGUCGCCCGUCAACCAGAACGGCUGCUUCGAGUUCGACCGCAUCAUCAAGGCCGGCACCGUCGUCAAGCGCACGAGGAAGACAAAGCAAUGGAAGCCCGUCUACAUCGUCCUGCGCCCCAACUGCCUCUCCAUCUACAAGGACAAGCACGAGACCAAGCUGCGCCACCAGAUCAACCUCUCCGAGAUCACGGCAGUUGCGCGCCAGAGGGACUCGAAGAAGAAGAUGGAGCACGUCUUUGGCAUCUUUUCGCCCGCCCGCAACUACCACCUCGGCGCAUCCACAGACAAAGACGCUCAGGACUGGGUGCACCUCAUACGUACCGAGGCGCGCAUUGGCGAGCACGAGGCUGAGAUGACCGUCAUGAGUCCCACAGCCACAAAGAAGACGUUUGCAGGCUUUGGCCGCGCAACCAGAGAAAACAUUGUUUCCAGUUCCUCCGAGACAGAGCCGAGACCCUCGAGCUCCAUCGCCCCGGAGAACAUGCACAGCGCCCGCCGUCCCUCACAAGCCCUCAACUACUCCGGCGGCGAGCGCGGCUCCAUCUCCGACUUUGACUUCUCCGACACCAACCAAGCCUCCGCCAACUCUCCGCCCCCGAGAACACCACAGCAGCAACAACCCAACGCGAGCCAGCAGAGCAACAUCGGCGCCACACCCGACGACGAGCGCGUCGUCUACCACGGCUGGCUCUAUGUCCUCAAAUCCAAAGGCGGCGUGCGCCAGUGGAAGAAGAUCUGGGUGGUGCUGCGACCAAAGUGCCUUGCUUUUUACAAAAACGACGAUGAAUACUCCGCGACCCACAUCAUCCCCUUCACCAACAUAAUCGAUGCCGUCGACAUAGACCCACUCUCGCGAAGCAAGCAAUACUGCAUGCAGGUCAUAUGCGAGGACAAGAAUUACAAAUUCUGCGCUUCAGACGAAGAUGCCCUAGCCAAGUGGCUCGGCGCGUUCAAGAGCUUGCUGGUCAAGAAGAAGGAAGUGCCUCAGACACGCAUACAGCAGGCAGCUCCUAGCACCAUCAACAUCCAACCAGCAACCCCAAGCCUCGUGUCUUCACCCAUACUGCCAGCGCAGCAGCCUCUCUCCAUCAGAUGA